AUGAAAAACAUCUCAAUCUUUCUAUUUGUUUUUGCCCUUUGCUUCAUUGACAAAGCAUAUGGAGGGCACAAGACCACACUCUUAUUCAGGAACGGCUUUAAUCACGGGAGAUGGCUCAAGGUACACUGUAAGUCUGGAGACGACGAUAUGGGUGAAAAAUUUCUACCACCAAAUAGUCCAAAUGACUACGAUUUCAGUUUCAAUACUAAUGUUGCGGGAAGCACACUGUUCUGGUGCACCCUAAGCAAAGGACCUGAUUAUAAGAUUAGGAAGACUUUUGACGCCUAUAAGCAGGAAAGCUGGAAAGAGCAUGAGACUUCGUACCAUUACGUAGCUAAAGAUGAUGGGAUCUAUCACAACACCUUGAAGAACUUCAAGCUUCGCAAGGUGUACGAUUGGAACUAA